UAAAACAGUUCCCACUUGGGUGAUAUAUCACUCCAUGCCUGUUUGUUCAUUCAGGCCAGGUAGAGCAGCAGCGACUACUGACGUUUUUACGUCUCAGACGUGCUGCUGCUAUUUCGUGCUCUUCUUUGGCUAAGCAUAAUCAGAUUGGUUCAGUCCGAGCAGCAUUAUUGCUGGUGCUGCAGCAGCUGCAGUUACAUCAAGGGUUUACCUCUGCAAUGUCAGAUUGGUGGGAGAGUCUGGAUUAAAGAUAAACAUCUUUUUUUAACUACCUAGAUUCCUUUUCAUACGUCCUCUUUUUGGAUGAAAUGAACAAAAGACGUCGGUCUUGAAAUACAAAGUAUCACCAAGGGUAAGUUGAUUUAUAUAACGGGCUGCUGGACAUAGACAUCGUGAUCAUCAAUACAAUUAGAUGUGACUGAUCGUGUCGCAAAAACGGUUAUUGGGAAAUCUGAACAUUAUUCUCAAAGCAGUGUCGAACGUACAGCUGGGAGACGUGAGUACAACCGCAGCCUCAGCCGCAAAACUGCAGUCAAUUGCAAAACCGACCUGUCAAAAUUGCUGCAACGAAGAGCUGAGAAUUGCAUCGAAUCCUUGAAAGCCUAAUUUAUCGGUUGUAUAAGAGAACCUAAAGAUUUGAUCUUUCGUGUUGUACGAUCGGAUGUGUUAUGCGGCUCCGUUCCCAGUAAUGGCAUUUGUGUUCUCAUUUUAAUCGAUUUCAUACAAGAUGCACUGAGAUCAGAAGACUGAAUGAAAUCGCCCACUGGUCAUCUUAAGAGGCUGCAUUAGGCAAAGAUACUAAACAUUUUCCGUCUUCUGUUAAGAGUACUUAAACUCAUAUUGUGCAAGUAGCCAGCAGCGCAAACGCUAUUAUGGCUACUCUUCUACGGAAAAUAGGUCUCAUUCGACUCCAUGACAGAGACACUGAGGAUCCGAAGCAUCACCAGGGCUCUUUCAAAGGGAGCAAAGGCAAUCAGAAAAACAACAACAUUAAGCACUGCAACACCAGCAACGAAAGCAACAUCCUCAACCCUCCUGAAAUAAAGAACAAGAAAUCGGAACAAUCCACGAAGGACAAGCCAUCUGGCAAGGAUAAGCAGGGCAAGGACAUCAAGGAAAAACAGCAAGUGGGAGGUAGCAAGGCAACCUCCACAUCAUUGCAACCGCUGGUGCCGCACAGGCAGCACUGUACCCAGGUCCGGACGAGGAGGUUGAUGAAAGAACUGCAGGAAAUUAAGAGGCUUGCUGACAACUUUAUAACAGUGGAGCUGGCUGACGAUAACCUUUUUGAAUGGAAUGUCAAGUUGCACCAGGUGGACAAAGAUUCUGCUCUCUGGCAGGAUAUGAAAGAAACCAACACUGAAUAUAUAUUGCUGAAUAUAUCCUUCCCCGACAAUUUUCCCUUCUCCCCGCCUUUCAUGCGGGUACUCACACCCAGGCUGGAGAACGGCUACGUACUGGAUGGAGGAGCAAUCUGCAUGGAGUUGUUGACACCCCGCGGCUGGUCCAGCGCAUACACCGUGGAGGCGGUGAUGAGACAAUUCGCAGCAAGUCUCGUAAAAGGACAGGGCCGUAUCUGCAGGAAAGCUGGGAAAUCCAAGAAAGCCUUCAGUCGUAAAGAAGCAGAGGCAACCUUUAAGAGUCUGGUGAAGACCCAUGAGAAGUAUGGCUGGGUGUCUCCCCCCGUGUCUGAUGGCUGACGUGGCCACAUAUUUGUGUCGCAAGACUGUACAACCUACCAUCUUGUCCUCAAUGCUGCGCAUCUCCCAUCCUUUGUUCUUUUAGUACUUUCAUCUAGGUGCCAUGGAGCACAUGGUGACAUUUAACUUAUUCAUGAGCAGAUGUGUUUACAGCUAAAUAUCGCCUUUAGUGGAUUGUGUUUCAAAACUGGAUAUGGCUCUACGGAACAGAUAGCCCUGCCGAUGUCAAGUUGUUGCCCCUUCCUUCCACCUGACCCACUUCAUCUCGUGUGCGUUUGCUCUCAUUCUCCCUACAUGCCAACAAUGUACUGCACUGAAUGGCAUCAGAGUUUCCAUUCACCACUGCUCCUCUCAUUUAAAUGCAAAUGAAGCCGUUAAUAUUUAAUAGACAGGCAGUGCAUUUGAGGUUCACUUUUUGCUGUGCUGUUUUUCACAGGUCAAUGCAACUUGAAGAUUGUAAUUUAUGUGGAGCUGUGCUCUCUUUCUCUCUCUCUCUCUUUCGUGGCUAAAUUUAGACAUCACUUUGUUGUGUAGAUGGCCAUUGAUUUCCAAUGAAAAAACACAAAAUGUUGCUUAUGCUGAGGUACUGUAAAGAUAAAACCCAAUGGCAAUUAACCACUGUUCUUUGUUGAUGUUGAAAAAUACCAAUAACUGUAAUGCUGAUAAUUUAGAUACCAGAUAGAUGGAUUGUUUAAGAGCAAGAUGCAAGAGGCCUGACAUUUAAAAACGUGAAAAUUGUCCCUUGAAAACGUUUGUUUAAUUGAAGCUCAGAAAUGAAAGUUUAAAUAUAAAGUGGAUAGACUCUUUCAUAGAUAGGAAAGCAAUCCUACAUUUAAUAGGAUUUGUUUCCCUCAUUAAGAAGAAAUAAGGUGGCAUUAUAUGUGAUUUGCAUUAAGCUUAAGACAACUCCUAAAGUGAGAAACUCUAUCAAUAACUGCAAAAAGCAUGAAUCUACAGUAUAAUUGAUGCCAUGUCUUUAUUUUUAAUUGUUUUACAUCAAACGGUUUGUUGCUGCACCUCUGGCAGUAGUGUUGUGAAUUGUUCUUGUUACUCAUGUUCCUGUGUGUAUUUUCUCUGAACUGUGGAAAUGCAUUAAAAAGAGCUGCAGUGAACACUGCUGAAUUGCAGAGCGAUAUUCAUUUCAAACACCUGCAUAUUCAAAUUCAGAAAACAAUAAUACAAAAUUCAAACAGUUAGGUAAAACCAAUCCAGAAGGAAUUAUAGAGCUACUAUGUCUUUGAUGAUGUAUUGAGGCUCUAAAUAGUCCAAUUAUUGGUUAGAGCAGACUGUGUUAAUUUUAGGUCCUUCUUUAGGUCUGAAGGACAUAUUGGUAUUCCUCAGUUCAUCUCAAAUUCCCUUUACCUACAGUAUGUACAGAUACAAUAUGUGAAAUUACCACUUAGGAUGCAAAGCUAACAUCUAUAUUUAUCUCUCCCUGUAAUUCUUUAUUAGUUUUGUUCAAAUCAUCCUACAGACUAAUCAAGGAAUAUCAAAUGUAGUCAUUUUUCUUUUUUUCCCCCAAAGUUGAAAUGCAUGUGCUUACCUACAGUAUGGUAUCUCUGUUUGCAGUGUAAUGUUGGAUACUGAUGGGAUUAACAGAUAUUUCCGGUCAAAAUAAAGUCAUAAAAAUAACAGCACACCUCAGGUUUAUGGCCAUAUCAGAAUAAAAAAUAGGAAGUGCUUAACAGAGGUAUUUCCAUCCAGUUUUCUAAAAUGAUUUGAUGUGAUAAAUUACACUUUAAAUCCUAUUGUUGAGAAAGAUGUUAAAAAGAUAAACAUUUGUACCAUUAAAAUGUUUCCCUUUCAAAAUUAAAUGAGCAUAAUCACUUUUGAAAUACACAGUUUAAUAUAUUCCAUGUAUGCUGUACAUUCUUGUUUUUAUUAUAUUGUAUCUUAAACUAAAAGAACAUUCUGUCUUUUAAGAUACAUUAGUCCAUGUGUAGUAACAAGGCCAUUUCCUGUCUGAUCAGAUAGAAAAUGAAAACAGAUUUUGUUUGCAUGGGCAAUACCAAAGACAGGAGGGAAUGUCCUACCCUUCCUAAAAACUCUUAGGACCUUCAGGAGAAACCUUAACAGGGAAACAGCCUCACUGCCUCAGUAAAUGGAUGCUCUUUUAUAAAGUCACUUCACAAAUAAAUGCUCUGUAUUAGACUCUCUAGAUAUUCACUUAUGAUGUGCAGUGCUCUGUCUUACUAUAAUAUACUGUAAAUCUAGCUUGCAUUGGCAUACCACAUUACAGACCUGGUCUCUCUUUUAUAUUUAAGACUAUAUCUGGUGUAUUAAUCCAACAAAGCCAAUUGUCAAAACAAAAAAAUGGUGAGUACAUUGUACCCUUUAUUGAUCUCCUAAAAAAAAAGAACAUCAAUGUUGUGGGCUUAGAAUUCCAUUAACAGUUCCAUUAGCAAAGAGAGAUGCUGCAGAACAUUGUUGGUAUUUGAAAAAGGAAAUUCCUCCAUUUGCAUCCAUAUUCUUAGAGUCAAAACAUCUGGGUAAAACCAGACCUGUUCCUGCAUGAUACUUUAAAAGAAUGUAAAAAUAGAUGUUAGCUCCUGCAACUUUGAGCAGAGGAACAAUUAGUUUGUGGUUGAUGUCAUCGCACUGAUAUAGCAUUGAGUACAAUCCAUUAUUUAUUUUACAGUGAAAAAGCAUGUGCAGAAAUUGGAACACUUCCUAAAACACAUUGAAUGACACAGUAUUGUUUCUGCAGGAUUCCAAUUGGAAGUUUGUUUUCAUUAUUUUAAUGAGACAAUAUCAGCAAAGGCAUAUUUUUCAGCUUUUACAUUUUGCAAGUACAAAGUUUAGAGUGCCACCUAUAUUAAGCUUUUUUUUACACCAGGAAAUGGGGCUUUUCAUGGUUUGAAUUUUUGGAAACAUCUGGUAUCUAAAUGCACAGCAGUGCUAAUGGGUAUUUCUCAAAAAUGAAUCUAUAUGAAACCAGUCAUUCCAAAAGUGAUUGUAUGUGUUUCUAAGGACUUGUAUUAGGGAUUAUUAUGAUAAAGUUAAUAAUAAUAAAAUGUCAAAAUAUCAGAAAAUUGGGUGUUUGCUGGAUUAGGAGCAUAAUUUUGUGAUAGACUUUAGAAUGGUAGUUUGCAGAAACAAAUUAAACUAAUUGUCUGAACAAGUGAGAUGAUUCUGUUAUCUUAUAUCUGCAUGUGAUCAGUGAUUGUUAUUUUCUUGUUUUAAAAAGGAAAAAAAAUCA